GAGCCGGGGGCGGGCGCGUGGCCUGAAAGGGGUUAACCGGGAGGAGUAGUGGUCGGGUCAGGUUACUUCCCUUUUAAACAGACCGGGAGAGGAGGAGUCAGGUCCUGGUGGGGCAGUUUUCGGUGGCGGCCUGGCUCCUGGACGUCGUCGGGGAGGAGGCUCCCAGCCGGCCUGGGCCGAGCGCCUGUGCGGGUCCCUCGGGCACCCCCAGCACACUGUUCCUGGAUCUCAGCCUCUCCAGGGCCCGAGCACAGGGCGCUCCUGGCCAGCCCACUGACCUUUGCCCGCCUGAGCCCUGGUUAAUUUUUGCCCAAUCUGUGGGCUGUGGGGCUCCUCCCCCUGCCCCUCAGGGAUAUAAGUCUGGCCAGACGCUGUGCCUGCUCCUCGCCGUCCUGAACCUCCCCCAGCUCCCCCCCUGCCCUCACCAUGGCCAAGGGCUUCUACAUUUCCAAGCCUGUGGGCAUCCUGGCCAUCCUCCUGGGCGUGGCGGCCGUGUGCACGAUCAUCGCUCUGUCCGUGGUGUACUCCCAGGAGAAGAACAGGAACACCGAGAGCUCCACGGCGGCCUCCACGGCGGCCCCCACGGGCCCUACCACCACCGUGGCCACCACCUUGGACCAAAGCAAGCCAUGGAACGUCUACCGUCUACCCAAGACGCUGAUUCCCGACUCCUACGACGUGAGGCUGAGGCCCUACCUCACCCCCAACGAUAAGGGCCUGUACGUCUUCACGGGCACAAGCAUCGUUCGCUUCACGUGCAAGGAGUCCACCAGCGUCGUCAUCAUCCACAGCAAGAGGCUCAACUACACCAACCACCAGGGACACAUGGUGGCCUUGUGGGGCGUGGGGGGCUUCCAGCCGCAACCUGUCAUCGUCAGGACGGAGCUGGUGGAGCUCACCGAGUACCUGGUCGUGCACCUCCAGGAGCCGCUGGUGGCCGGCAGACAGUACGAGAUGAAGAGUGAGUUCCAGGGGGAGCUGGCCGACGACCUGGCGGGCUUCUACCGCAGCGAGUACACGGAGAACGGCGUCAAAAAGGUGCUGGCCACGACACAGAUGCAGGCGACAGAGGCCCGGAAAUCCUUCCCGUGCUUUGACGAGCCCGCCAUGAAGGCCACGUUUAACAUCACCAUCAUCCACCCCGAAAACUUGGUGGCCCUGUCCAACAUGCUGCCCAGAGGCCCCAGCGUCCCGUUUGGUGAAGAUCCCACCUGGAAAGUCACCGAGUUCGAAACCACACCCAUAAUGUCUACUUACCUGCUGGCCUACAUCGUUAGUGAGUUCACAUACGUGGAGACAAGAGCUCCCAGUGGCGUCCUGAUCCGGAUCUGGGCCCGGCCCAGUGCAAUCCACCAGGGCCAUGGCGAUUAUGCCCUGAAGGUGACAGGCCCCAUCCUGGACUUCUUUUCCCAACAUUACAACACGCCCUACCCGCUCAACAAAUCGGACCAGAUUGCCUUGCCUGACUUCAACGCUGGCGCCAUGGAGAACUGGGGGCUGGUGACCUACCGGGAGAGUGCGCUGCUGUAUGACAGGCAGUCCUCCUCCAGCGGCAAUCAGGAGCGGGUGGUCACCGUGAUUGCUCAUGAGCUGGCCCACCAGUGGUUUGGGAACCUGGUGACCUUGGAGUGGUGGAAUGACCUAUGGCUGAACGAGGGCUUCGCCUCCUACGUGGAGUACCUAGGCGCUGACUUUGCAGAGCCCACGUGGAAUUUGAAAGACCUCAUGGUGCUGAACGACGUGUACCGUGUGAUGGCUGUGGACGCCCUGGCCUCCUCCCACCCGCUGUCAACUCCCGCCUCGGAGAUCAACACGCCGGCCCAGAUCAGCGAGGUGUUUGACUCCAUCUCCUACAGCAAGGGAGCCUCUGUGCUCAGGAUGCUCUCCAACUUCCUGACUGAGGACCUGUUCAAGAUGGGCAUAGCGUCCUACCUCCAUACCUAUAAAUACGGGAACACCAUCUACCUGGACCUGUGGGAGCACCUGCAGCAGGUUGUAGACAAACAGCCGACCAUCAAGCUGCCCGACACCGUGAGUGCCAUCAUGGACCGCUGGAUCCUGCAGAUGGGCUUCCCCGUCAUCACCGUGGACACCCAGACAGGCACCAUCUCCCAGCAGCACUUCCUCCUUGACCCCCAGUCCGUGGUCACCCGCCCCUCACAGUUCAACUACCUGUGGAUCGUUCCCAUCUCUUCUGUCCGAAACGGCAGUCUGCAGGAGCAGUACUGGCUGCGGGGCGUCGAAAAAGCCCAGAAUGACCUGUUCAAGACCACAGCUAAUGACUGGGUUCUGCUGAACCUCAACGUGACGGGCUACUACCUGGUGAACUAUGACAGUGAAAACUGGAAAAAGAUCCAAACUCAGCUGCAGACAGACCUGUCGGUCAUUCCUGUCAUCAAUCGGGCUCAAGUCAUCCACGAUGCCUUCAACCUGGCGAGUGCCCAAAAGGUCCCCGUCACUCUGGCGCUGAACAACACUCUCUUCCUGAUCCGAGAGACCGAGUACAUGCCCUGGCAGGCCGCCCUGAGCAGCCUGAGCUACUUUAAGCUCAUGUUCGACCGCUCUGAGGUCUACGGCCCCAUGAAGAGCUACCUGAAGAAGCAGGUCACGCCCCUCUUCAAUCAUUUCGAAAGAGUCACCAAAAACUGGACUGAUCACCCGCAAGCCCUCAUGGACCAGUACAGUGAGAUUAACGCCGUCAGCACCGCCUGCUCCUACGGGGUUCCUGAGUGUGAGAAGCUGGCCGCGACUCUGUUCGCCGAGUGGAAGAAGAACCCCCAAAACAACCCGAUCCACCCCAACCUGCGGUCCACCGUGUACUGCAAUGCCAUCGCCCAGGGCGGCGAGGAGGAGUGGAACUUCGUGUGGGAGCAGUUCCUAAAGGCUGAACUGGUGAACGAGGCUGACAAACUCCGCGGAGCCCUGGCCUGCAGCAACCAGGUCUGGAUCCUGAACAGGUUCCUGAGUUAUACCCUGGACCCUAGCCUCAUCCGGAAACAAGAUGUCACCAGCACUCUCAGCAGCAUCGCCAGCAACGUCGUCGGGCAAACCCUGGCCUGGGACUUUGUCCAGAGCAACUGGAAGAAACUCUUUCAGGACUAUGGCACUGGUUCCUUCUCCUUCUCCAACCUCAUCCAGGCAGUGACCCGACGAUUCUCCACUGAGUUCGAGCUGCAGCAGCUGGAGCAGUUCAAGAAGAACAACAUGGACACAGGCUUCGGCUCAGCCACCCGAGCUCUGGAGCAAGCCCUGGAGAAGACCAAAGCCAACAUCAAGUGGGUGAAGGAAAACAAGGAUGUGGUGCUCAGGUGGUUCACAGAAAACAGCUAACGGUCCUUGGUCCUUGCAGUCGCCUGGCCCCCAUGUGAGAUGCCUAUCAUGUGUCUGUCCCAGUGGCCCACGGCAGGACCCCUUCCUGGAGCCUGAGGCAAUGGUGUUCUCACCCCAGGACAAAGUCUCUGGCCCAUGUUUUCUCCACUCUGCCCAGGGGGCCAAUCCAGUUCCUGAUGGCCAGACUGCCCCAACACCUCUCAGUCCCUGCCCCUCCUGCCAGCUCCACCCCAGGCCUGGCAUGGUGUCUGUCACCCAGGGCCCUGGGGCUGAUCUCAGGGAAGCCCAGCGCUGGGGUCAGAUGAGCAGAAGCCCUUGAUGGACGAUGGAUGGCCUUAGGGGGCGGCCCUGUGCCCUCUCUCACCUUCCCAUAAAUUUCCUGAACCUGAGGAAUCAACAGGGCACCAGAUCUAUAUAUUUUUUUUCUAAGAGAAAAUGUAAAUAAAGGAUUUCUAGAUCAA